CUUUUCCCUUUCCCCUCCCCCAUCGCUCCUCGGCACCCUUCUCUCGCACCUCCUGCCUCCCUCCCCCCUGCCCGGGCACCGGCGUCCCGCAGCCCGGCGUGGUUCCCCUCUUCCUUUGUCUUCCCUCCGCACCCAGGCUCCCUAGCUCCCGCCCGAUGGUCGCCCCGCCAAGCGUCUCUGCCACCGCGGCGCUGGCCCUCGCAGCGGAGAAUGAGGCGACCUCGUCGAGCGCCGCCGCGACCUCGGCCGCCCCCGUUGGGCCCCCCUCGCUGAUGGCUGGCUGGGGACUCCCCGGCACCGGGGCACCUGCCAGCACCACCUCGACCGUCAGUAGCGCUGGCCUAUCGGCCACGCUGGCCUCGAGCCUUUCGGCCUCCGUGGCGGCCAGCCCAUCGGCCUCGCUGCUGCAACACCAGGCAGCCGGGGCAGGGGUGUCACCGCCCCGCGCCGCCAGCACGGUCACCGGUCCGACAAUGCUCCCGCCGGCCGUGGUCGCGCGCAGAUCCCGACCAGUCAAGGCCGCGGCGGCCACCGCCCCGGCGGCGGCCGACUCCAAUGCCCUUCUCUCCUCACUCCACACCACGGUCGCGGCGGCGGCGGCGGCCGCCGCCGCCGCGGCAACGGCCACCGCGACCACCGCCAAGAAGCCACGCUCGACCGGUGCCCGGCGCGCCCGUGCGUCCCCCGCCCCGGAGGUCAUCCCCCCGGCUGUGGCUGACAUCCCCACCAGCCAGGCCACGGUGGCCAUGCUGGCUGCCGAUGCCCCGGCCGCUGGUGCUCCCCCAGCCGCCACGCCGGCCGCUCGCGCGCCACGCCCCCGUGCGCCCUCCAAAAAGCAGACGGCGACGGCGGCCGCGGGUCCCGACGGCCCAGCACCGCCGGCCAAAGCCAAGCGCGCCCCGGCGGCCCCGCGCGCGCGAAAGGCCACCGCCGCCACGAAGACCACCACGGGCACCGCCCUGCCGUCGGCCGCAGCGACCGCCACCUUGGCCUCCGCCGCCGCCGCCGCCGCCGCCGCCACCGCCCCGUCUUCUGCAUCGGCGUCCCUGGCCGCGUGUGACCGGCGGGCGGUGGUUGGCGGAGCCCCGGCCCCCUCGCGACCGGCAGAUGCGACCGCCCUCCCCCCCCUGCCGGGGCCCGGCGCCGGGGCUCCGGCCGCCCCGAUCACCCCCUCCCGGCCGCGCCCCGGCCCGGGCCGGAAUGUCACCCCCCCGCCGGCCACCGGCUCAGCCUCGGCCAAUGCCGCCUCAGCUUCGGCAACCGCGGCCGCGGCCACGACCGGCGCCGGCCCGGCGGGCCCUCCCACCAUCGACCUCACCACCAGCACCGAGUCGGAAUAUGUGCCCCUCGAUGCCACGCCGGAGUUCCUGGCCAGCGAGCUGGCCUCCGUGUACGAGGACUUCCCCGGGCUCGGGCUGCGGUAUCGGCUGACGGCCAAGCUUGGCGAGGGGACAUUCAGCUCGGUGUACCGGGCCCGGCGAGCCCCGGGCACCCCCCGGACUGGGCUUCCGCCGCCGGUGCCGGCCUCCUCGUCGCGAGCCCGUGCGCCGUCCCUGACCAGUCGGGACUUGGAGCUGAUCACCUCGGAGCUGGUGUCGCCGCGCGACCGGCGCGACGACGACCUCGAGGGCCCAUACGAGGAUGAUGGCGGCGGGGAAUUCGCCCUGAAGCGGAUUUACUUCUCCAGCUCGCCGAGCCGCAUUGCGGCCGAGGUGAAAUUCCUCAUGGACCUGGGGGGACGUCACAAUGUCAUUGCCCUGCACGAGGGCAUCCGCAACCAAGACCACGUGCUGCUGGUGCUGGAGUACUUCCCCCACACGGACUUCCGCCAGUUGCUGGGGCCCGACCCGCCCAGCACGCGGCUCAUUCGCCAGUACCUACGCGCGCUCUUCGAGUCCCUUGCGUACAUCCACGUUUGCGGGGUCCUGCACCGGGACCUGAAGCCGGCGAACUUCCUCUUCCACGCGCCCACUGGCCGUGCGCGCCUGGUGGACUUCGGCCUUGCCCAGUAUGCGAGCGAGCUGCAGGGCCCGACCGGCAAGCCCGAAGAUGCGGCAUCUGUCGGGUCUGGCACGUCGGCCGCGCCCUCCGCCGCCAACCCUGCCCCGGCCAAGCCGCCGCCCAACAGCCUGUACAAGGGCUCCAAUGAUGAGGGCCCCGCCGGCUUUUACGACAUCGACGACCGCCCCCGCAUGAAGGCCGCCCGCACGGGCACACGUGGAUUCCGCGCGCCGGAGGUCCUGCUGAAAAACCGCCAGCAGACAUCGGCCAUUGACAUCUGGUCGGCCGGCGUGGUGCUGCUGACCCUCUGCACUGGCCGAUACCCGUUCUUCCUGUCGCACGACGACCUGGUGGCCCUGUGGGAGAUCCGGGCGGUGGUCGGCCACCAGCGGGUUUUGGCCGCGGCCGAGGCCUGCGGCCGGCGGCUCUUCUGCAGCCCGGUGGCCUCGUGUGCCGGGCUCGGCCUGGAGUUCCCCUCGAUGACCGGCCUCGACCGGGGGUCGACCCAGACCAUUGGCCCGGCGCACCGGACCCCGGGCGAGUGUCUGACCCCGGCCGGGUUGCCGGUGGACGGGCCGCACAUCCGCCCGGAUGGCUCGGUCGACUGGCGGCUCCUGUGCGAAAGCCUCAAUGCCCGGCUGAUGCCCGGUCGCCGGUACCCGGACUCGCUGUUUGACCUCCUGGAUCGGUGCCUGGACCCGGUGGCCGCAACGCGUGCCACCGCCGCCGAGCUCCUGCACCACCCGUUCCUCAUGUCGGCCGGUGAUGACUGGACGUGGUGAUGGUCCGGCCCAGGGGGAAGGGGAGGGGGGGGGGCGCCGUACGGCCCUCCCCCGCCCAAUCAUCGCAACAUCCGUCGCCCCUUUGGCUUCCUCCCCCCCCCCCC